UUCGUAUUUCUUCGCGCAUGCGUGUUGUUGUUGCAUGCUAAGCAACAAGAAGCAUCAUUUUUAAAAACAUGUCGGAGAAAGGAGAAGUGGAUCUAACUGGAGCCAAGCAGAACACGGGCGUGUGGCUUGUAAAGGUGCCCAAAUAUCUCUCUCAGCAAUGGGCCAAAGCAACCGGCAGAGGAGAGGUCGGGAAACUCCGAAUCUGCAAGAAAGGAAACCAGGGAAAAGCAGAGGUGUCUUUCACUCUGAAUGAAGAGCUGACUGUGAUUGAAGGUAUAGAAGAUAAAACGGUGUCUGCGCCUCGCGAGCACCCGUUCACCAUGCAGUCAGUGGGAGGACAGACGCUGGCGGUCUUCACAGAGACGUCAUCAGGCCAGUCAGAAGAAAGAUCUGAUGGCAGCAGCUCAGUUUCGGGGUCGGGGGCAGGUCCAGAUAAAAUAGCGUUGGAGGGCGUGGUGGUGCAGAGAGCAGAGUGCCGGCCUGCUGUCAGUGAGAGCUACAUGAGGCUGAAGAGGUUACAGAUUGAAGAGCUGGCUAAACCAGUCAGACUGUCCCAGCAGCUGGACAAAGCUGUCACCAGCAACUACAAACCAGUGGCCAACCACUUCAACAAUCUUGAGUAUGAUCGGAAGAAGAAGGAGGAAGGGAAGAGGGCGCGAGCAGAUAAACAGCAGGUGUUGGACAUGUUGUUCUCUGCCUUUGAGAAGCACCAGUACUACAACAUCAAAGACCUGGUGGACAUCACCAAGCAGCCUGUGAUUUACUUGAAGGAAAUCUUGCGUGAUAUUGGCACCUACAAUGUGAAGGGAACACACAAGAACACGUGGGAGCUCAGACCAGAGUACCGACAUUACCAAGGAGAGGAGAAGACAGACGAGUAGGUUCUGACCCGGCCGAGGCUGAAGCUCCAUCUGUAGAUGUGAUGUUGGGGAGAACCUCCAGACCAGACCAGGCCAGGCCUUGGUUGGACUUUAACGUGCUGCCUGGUUUCCUUACAUCAGGUCUCAAACACACUGGAUGUUGAGUUCAAAGGUUGUUUUACAGGGAGAGGUUGUUAAUGUUGCUGCUUAUUUUGUAAGGAACAAGAAAAAGCGGGCAUGGGAAGCUAGUGGAGGUUUUACGCUGGUGUGCACCACCUCUUCCUGAUGUAGUUUCUGUCAAUGCUCCAACCCUCCCAGUAUUUCAAUUAGUUCAUCCAUCAGAGGCACAGGACAGAUUUUUACAAAUCAAAUGUAUUUAUGAUGCAUCAACUCUGGUUAUUAGUAUUUUAAGGUUUUGACAGCAGUAUGUCCAGAGGUUAGGGUUUAAUGUUUAGAGGAAGGAUGUGACAGGUUUUAGUUUCAGCACUGAGGAAGUUUCCUUUUCUAGACAUUUUGAACCAUUAACAGGUUUGUGCUUCAGGUGUCCUCAUAGUAGCUCACCUUAACUGUCAUUUUAAUUGUUUUAUAUUUGACAUAUGCAAUAAAUGUGUUUAAAUAGAA